AUGUGUGAUUUAGAGGAAAUAAAUCCCAUUGCUAGUAAAAGACCAAUGUUACUAGCUAAUAGUGGUUUGGAUUUGAAAACCCAGGAAGCGGCAUUGCGACAACGACCCGACAUUGUAAUCGCUACACCGGGAAGGCUGAUUGAUCAUCUGCAUAAUGCGCCUAAUUUCUCACUUGCUGAUGUGGAGAUUUUGGUUCUGGAUGAGGCAGAUCGAAUGUUAGAUGAAGCUUUCUCCAUUCAAAUGAAAGAAAUUAUGCAUUUAUGUGCGCGAAAUAGACAGACGAUGCUAUUUUCGGCUACUAUGACAGAUCAGAUCGAAGAGUUAGCGGCUGUUUCUUUAAAAAAUCCGGUAAAAUUAUUCAUCAGUGGUAAUACGGAAACAGCUUUAAAUCUUCGGCAAGAAUUUGUACGUAUACGGGAGAAUCAUGAAGCUGACCGGGAAUGUAUUGUAGCAGGUCUAGUUACACGGAAUUUUCCUGACCACACAAUAAUAUUCGUGAAGACGAAGAAAGCUUGUCGGCGACUCCAUAUUGUAUUGGGUCUUUUGGGAGCUAAGGUUGGUCAACUCCACAGCGGUUUAACACAAAGACAACGUGUUGAGGCGCUGUUUCGAUUUAAAAAAGCUGAACUUGAUGUGCUAGUUUCGACGGAUCUCGCAGCUAGAGGACUUGACGUGGAAGGAGUCAAGACAGUCAUUAAUAUGGAUAUGCCUACUACGCUGAAGCAAUACAUUCAUCGUGUUGGUCGAACUGCUCGGGCAGGACGUGUAGGACGAUCUAUUUCUUUGGUGGGUGAAAGUGAACGAAAAAUUCUAAAGGAAAUUGUAGCUUCAAAUAAAGAAGGUUCCUUGAAGCAGCGACUCAUAAGAGCUAAUGUGAUCGAUGCUUAUAAGAAUAGAAUUGAAAGUUUAAAAGAGAGUAUUGAAAAGAUUAAAGAAGAGGAAGAAGUAGAAAGAACUCUGCGACUUGCGCAGGAGGAGUUACAAAGAGGUAAGACAAGACUGGAAGGAAAUACGGAGAAAAGACACUGGAUAAAGAUGCAGAAACCAUUGCUUAAUGAGAAAGAUGCGAAGAAAAGUAAGAAUCAUAACACUAGCGAUGAUGGAAGUGAGGAAGAAUUACGAGCUCGACGAUUAACUGAAUUUCAAGUGCGUUCAGCGAAACGGGCAAGGAAAGGGAAAAAAUUACAAGCAUUUUGCGAAAACAAUGAUCGCCGUUCGAAUGAGGGGAAGAAGCGAAAAUUGAGAUCGUUCACAAGCGAAUUAACAGAUGUGAGAAAGAAGGCCGUAAAACGAUUUAGAUAUGGGCCUGAAGAUUCAGAUUUCAAAGCAGUAAAGAUGAAAAAGAAAAAAGCACGAAGAAUCGUAAGUUGA